AUGACAAGUGGGGACGUUGUAUUUUGAUUUUGUGUGGAAGAUGUUAUUUUUUUUAUUUUUCAGUUUAACGAAGUGAAAAAAAAAACAAAUUCCCGUUAUCCAUGGAUAAAAAUUGCUGUAGGACAUUAGUAAUUUGGGAAAUCGUUCUUGAUUUAUGUUAUGAUCUUCGUUAUUAAGACAUAAACUAUGGAUGCCUGCGAGAGGCAGAAAAAACUUCAAGCUGGUAGAGAAAAAUUUGCAGAAUUUCUCCGAAGAAAGAAUGGUUCAGAAAGAUCAAAGAAAAAACAGUUAGAUGGCAAAGGUGACAGGAGUAGCAUCAAUACUGAAUCUGUUAAUGAUGACAGCAACAGUACCACAACUGAAAACUCUCUUUCUGAAAACAGCAUUGUCUCACCUGCUAUGUCACCAACAUCAUCUGAUGAGACAAAAGAGACAGAUUACAAAAUAAUGAUGGAAGAAUUCAGGAAAAGGAUACAAGAGUUUCAGUGUGCUCUUUCUCAGCGAGAUGAUAUCAUCAAUCGGUUGUCUGACCGAUUAAUAGCUACCCUGAAGAACAGAGAUAAUAUUCAGAAAGAAUCUGUCAUUCAAGCAGAAAGUUUAGCUCAAGAAAUCAGCAUAUUAAAACUACAAUUACAACAAGCACGAGAAAUUCUUGAGAGGCAGAAAGGCAAGGAUGGCAUUUCAGCUGAAGAACUGCUAGAAGCACAGAAGCAGGUCAUUUAUUUGCAACAGGAAUUGGACUGUGUUAAAGGUGAAUUGAGUAAAAGUGUGCAAGAGAAUAAACUGCAAGCAGGUCAAAUAGAACAUUUAGAAAUGGUUAGUGCUUCAACGGAAGAACUGAAAUAUAAACUCGAUGCUUUACAACAGGAGAAAUCUCUUCUUAUAGAAGAAAUUAAUCAGUUAAAAUCAGAUAGAGAUAAUAUUUAUCUUUUAAAUGAAAAAUUUCAAGCUUCUGAAGAAUUAAGGGAACAAUUACAGAAAGAAUAUGAUAUUUUACAACAGGAUAAUGUAAAAUUAAAAAAUGAACUUGAUAUAUCUUUGAAAUGCUGCCAAGAAUUAACCAGUUCUGUGGAAUCUUCAAACAGGAAAAUUGAAGAACUUAUUGAGAAACAAAAGCAACACGAAAUAGUUUUAUUACAAAUCAAAGAAUUAAAUAAAGAAACUGAAAAAUUAAAUGCCGAAAUUCAGAAGAAUCACACAGAGAAAAAUGAAUUGCAACAGCAGUUAGAUUCAUCUCAGUUACAAUUACAAAAUGUAAAUGAACAGUGUACUGUGUUGAAAGAAGAAAUUGAGAAUUUACAUAGGAAGUAUAAAGCUAUAAUUGAAGAUGUCAAGCAAGAGUUAACAGAAAAACAUGAAUUGGAACUUCAAGAGAAGGAAAUUACGUUAAGGAAAGAGUUUACUGAACGUCAAGAAAAAUUAUUAUUAGAAGAAGAAGAAAAAUAUUUAAAAUGUAAGGAAUUAUUAAAAUAUCAACAUGAUGAGGAAAUUGAACAAUAUAGAAUACACAACCAAGCACUUCUAGAAGAGAAGUUAGAAUUAGAAAAUAGAAUAAGAAAUUUAGAAAAAAUAAAUGAAGAAAAUAACUUACAAUGCAGUUAUGCAGAUUCUGAAACAAAUUCAGUUUGUACAGAUAACAAAAUUCCUACAGAUAGGGAAGAACUGAUUGAAGAAACUAUUCCUUUAUUAGAAACUUCUUACACUGAGGAUAGUGCUGAGAAAUGCGAAUCAAAAGUCGAAAGUUCUAGCUCGGAAUAUCAUCAUUUGAGUAGCUCUGUGGAAAAUAAUACAAAUAUAGAGGAAAAUAUACCCGACCAACCUGCUCCAUAUUUAAUGUUGGAGAGAUUUAAAGAAAUAAAGAAUGAAGAACUUCAAAAAUAUAUAGAUGAUUCUCUUUUAAGAUUAAAAAUUGAUAAAGGAGAAAUUGAAAGUAAAUUGCUAGAUAAAAUUAAUAAUUUAGAAAUAGAAAAUCAGGAUUUACAAUUGAAUUUAGAAGAUUUAAAAAUGAGAUAUGAUCACUUACUGUCUUGUAAAGAGAAUGAGGACUUGGAUUCGGAAACCAACUUUGUUAGUCACGAUAAAGAGUUUUUUAACCAGACAAGUUAUAUAUCUGAAAUAGGAGUUUUAAAGAAUAAACUUCAUCUUGAAAGUAAAAUAAAAGAAAGUCUUUAUGUGCAAAUUGUAAAUCUUAAAAGAAAAUGUGAGUUAUAUGAAAAUUACCAGAACGAAAUGAGAUCUCAGAUGGAAGGUUUACGGCAGCAGUUGAAGUAUGCAUGGAAUCAAUACGAUAAUGUUGUUAAAAACAUUUUUGAACAGUCUGCUUGCAAUAAGGUUCAAACUCUUUCGAGUAUUCAGAACGAAGAAAGAUCAGAAGAAAGCAUCUCAGACCUUUCCCUCUCUUUUAACAAGACAGAUAAUUUUGAUACUGAGAUAUCUGCCUUGAGAACGGAGAUGAAAGAAAUGCAGGAAAUGUUUAAUAAAGAGAAUACAUUGUUACGUUCUGCCUUGCAAGAACAAAACAUUCCUCAGACUCAAACUUGUGAAAUUCAGUACAGUUGGGAGUCAGAUGAAGUAUUAAAUAUUCAUCAAAAGUUCUUACUUCUUAUGGACAGUAAUCAUGAAUUGUUAGAAGAGAAACAGCAUCUACAAAUGCAGUUAUUACAACAAGAACAAAUAUUUAACAGAAUACUGAAAUUAUUUGAUAAUGAAAACAGUGAUAAGCAGGAAGUUUUACAAAAACACUUGGAUGAAUUACAACAGCAGAAUGAAAAUUUGAUUUUGGAACUGAAACAACACACGAGCAUCCACGGUGAUAUUUCAAAAUUGCUGUCGAACGAUAUAUUUCAGGAAUAUCUGCAAAUUCAAAAGAAACUUCUCUUGAAAAAGAUACAAGAUAAAGAAUUAUUAGAAAUGGAGAUAGCAAGGUUAAGAAAGGAACUCGAACAUCAGACAAAUGAAUUUCACAGACUCGAAGAGCAGUUAUCUCAUAGACACAUAUUGGAACAGGCACUCCAUAAAAAGAAAAGAAUUCUGGAGGAAGAAUUAUCUGAGAUCCAUCACAAGCUGCAAGAACAGGAGGAGAACUUGGCGUCAGAAAGGAUUAAACUGCAAGCGGAAUUAAGAGAAAAAGAUCUAAUCAUUAAACAGAAAGAAUUAGAUGUCCAUCAGAAACAGAUUGAAUUGCAAGGUCAGGCAGCAACAUUAAAAGCAGAUCACGAAGCAUCUGUCACCGACAUGCAUAUUAGAUUCAGUAAGGAAGUGCAUAACUACAUUUCAAAAUUAUGUAAUGAUAUGGAAACCAUUCAUAAACAGAAUAUAGAAUUAUUAAAAAAUAAUAUGGAAAAAGAAUUUUCAGCAAGAGAAAUGAAAAUUACCGAAAAUCACAAGUGUGAGUUGGCCGAAUUGAAGACAUUUUAUGAAGAACAGAUUAAUGCCUAUUAUUUGAAACUUGAACAAGGAAAUAAUGGAACAGAAAAAAAUUGUAUAGAAAAUAUUGGAACGGAAGAAUUAGUUCAAGAAUUUAUUAAUAAAUGGAAUAAACAUUAUGAAGAAGUUUCUCAAUUUAGACAUCAGCUUAAUUUAUCUCAUCAAAGUAUAUUGGAUAAUAUUAUUGUUACUUGGAAGAAGUUGAAAGAAGAAGAAUUUGAACAAAUGGAACAGAAUUAUAAGGAAAAGAUCUAUCAACUUAAAAGUCAGAAGGAGAAGCUUUUAAAGGAGGAGCACGUUCGAUUGAAAAACCUCGAAGCAAAAAUGAAUCAAGAGAAGGCAGAGGCUUUAAGUGAACAGCAAAAAAUUCUUAUAGAGCAGAAUAAUAAAGAAAUAUCAAUACUUAUUGAAAAGCAUGACAAAGAAAUUGGAUUAUUAAAGGAACAACAUAGAAUGGCUCUGGAGAAAUUAACUGUUGUUGGAGAGAAAACUGCAAUCAAUCAAAUAGAAAUGAUUAAACAUCAACUGGCUGAAGAACAUAACAGAUAUAUUCAGUAUCUGACUGAUAGUUGGACAAAAGAAAACUCUGAAAGAUUAAAUAAACUGAAAAUACAGAUGAUGAGAAUAAUUAACAAGGAACAAGAAGCAGAUGAAAGUGUAAAUGUAGAGAACAAUGGAUUUUCAGUUUCUGAAAUGAAAGAACUGUUAAAUGAAAAGAGGAAUAUUUUAAAGAAAGUUAAAGUGAUGAAACAGUACAUUAAAGAUCACAUACAUGAAGCAAACACAAGAAGAAGAGACAUAAAAUAA